AUGGCGGUCGCCCGCCCAGUUCGAGCUCUGGCGUUAGCCGCCGUGAUGCUUUGGUGCUUCUUCCUUUACCAGAUCUUUGGCCCCGAAAGGCCGAUAAGCCAGAAGCCAGUGCGCUACGAGAAUGGACGGGACCCCAACUUGGAUCCUACCGGUGAACCUCAAGGAGUUCUGACAUAUGUCUCCGACAAAUAUGCCCCCGGCAUCGAAGACUCCGCUCGCAUCAAUGCCACAUUGUUGGCGCUGGUCAGAAACGAGGAAUUAGAUGGAAUGAUUCAGUCAAUGGUCGAUCUCGAGAGAACCUGGAACCAUAAGUUCAACUACCCAUGGACGUUCUUCAAUGAGGUUCCCUUCAGCGAUGAGUUCAAGAGAAGGACUCAGGCGGCCACCAAGGCUGAGUGCAGAUACGAACUCAUCCCUAAAGAGCACUGGGAGAUGCCCUCUUGGAUCAACAAAGACCUGUACGAAGAGUCCGUCAAGAUCCUCAAGGAAAACGACAUUCAGUACGCCGAUAAGGUUUCGUACCACUCCAUGUGCCGCUGGAACAGUGGCAUGUUUUAUAGGCACCCUGCCUUGCAGCACACCAAGUACUACUGGCGUGUCGAGCCUAAGGUCCAUUUCUUUUGCGACGUUGACUACGAUGUCUUCCGCUACAUGCAGGACAACAACAAGACAUAUGGUUUCACCGUCAACCUGUACGACGCGCCCAAGUCCAUCCCAACGUUGUGGCCCGAGACUAGAAAGUUCCUCGCGCAGCACCCCGAAUACCUCCAUGAGAACAACGCCAUGGACUGGCUCACCGACAAGGCUGGUCGUCCCGAGAACAACGUUGAUGCGAAUGGCUACUCUACCUGUCACUUCUGGAGCAACUUUGAGAUUGCCGACAUUGACUUCUGGAGGAGCCAAGCGUAUGAGGACUACUUCCAGCAUCUGGACCGCGCUGGGGGUUUCUUCUACGAAAGAUGGGGCGAUGCUCCUGUCCACAGCAUUGCUUUGGGCCUUUUCGAGGACAAGUCCAAGAUUCACUGGUUCCGUGACAUCGGAUACCAGCACAUUCCCUUCUUCAACUGCCCCAACUCGAACAAGUGCAAGGGCUGCGUAACAGGCCGCUUCACUGAUGGCGAGGCCUGGCUGCACAAGGACGACUGCCGCCCGAACUGGUUCAAGGAAGCAUCUGGGUACAUUGGUGUUGGGCGUCUGCGGAACAUCCACUUGUGUGUGUAG